AUGACUGCUAAAUCAAAUUCAUCAACAGUAACACCAAUAGGUUCAACAAAUUCUUCAAUAUUAAUUUAUUUUCAUGGUUCAAGUCCUCGUAUGUUUAAAACAUUAUGUUAUCUAGAUUUUUCAUCUUCAUUAGGUUCAAAUUUUCAAUGUUCAUUAUAUAAUAUACUUGUUAUUCAUCGUGCAUUUUAUUCAAUAUGUUUAGGAAAACAAGAAUGCUGUGUCAUUUUUAAACCAAAUUACUUUACCAGAAUGUUAACUACAGAAGACCGACGUUUAUGUAAUACACAUUCAACAGAACUUUUAUUCAUCAAGAUUCACAAACUCUUAUGUAAUACUUGUGGUGGUAAACCAUCUUGCUAUAUAUCUGCACCGUUACUAUCAAAGAAAUCAUGUAAUGGUUCUCAAUCAAAUUAUGUAUAUGCUGAAUAUCAAUGUGUUCCAACACGUCCAAAAUGUAAACAUCAUAUAUGUUCAUUUGAAAAUGUUGAUGGUGGUGCCAUAAUCUCAUCAUUAAACUAUACAUCAGAACUUAAAGAAUGUGCACAAUGUGAUUUAUAUGAUCCAUCGAUUGAGAUCGAUAGUACAGAAUCAGGUGUAAUACGUUUAUGUAGUAAUAGUCAUGCACGUUAUUUACUUGAAACAUGCUCAAAUUCAAUUGAGAUUCGCUAUAAUAAUUUAGUUAUAAGUACUGCUACAACAAAAUAUAAAGUCAAAUUAUGUAUUAAUUCACAAACUUCAAAUGAGAAUGGCUUUAUCGAGACAUUUCAUUAUUCAAAUACUUAUCAAAAUGAAAAACAACAAUGUGGAAAAAUUGAUCAACCUGCACUAGAAUAUGAUAUGAAUACACAAGAACUCACUUUAACACUUGAUAUAUCAGAUGCAUUACCGUUUGCGAGUAUAAAAACAGCGACAACAACACCGAAAUUACCGACAGCAACAUCUAUAAAUGAAACAGAUAAACCAUCAAAUGGAAAGUCGAAUCCUGAAGAUUUUAUUGUUGAUACUAUUGUUAGCAUUUUGUUUGUAGGAAUUAUUAUUGGUUUUGUACUUUAUCGGUGUCGUUAA